AUUAUAUUUCGGAAGAAAUGGGUGUUGAAUUCUGUUUAUGUUUUGUUGUAGAAUCGAAUGAUGGAAAGUAUGAAACUUUUCGAUUCAAUUUGUAACAACAAAUGGUUCACAGAAACCUCAAUUAUUCUUUUCCUGAACAAGAAAGAUUUGUUUGCCGAGAAGAUCACAAAGUCACCUUUAUCUAUCUGUUUCCAAGAAUAUACAGGUAGAUAUGCCUUGUUUUAUUUUAUUUUAUUUUUAUUUUAUUUUCUUGUUGAUAUGGAGUCAGCCGACUCAGCGUGGCCAUGUUGAUCUACAAGCAGGUGUAAAGUUAUCAAUCAAAUAUCCAUCAAUCAUGCUCGAUAUGUAUUACACACUACAACCGAAGGAAACAAUAGGUUUUGUGGACUCGAGAUUGCCAAUGAUUCCCGAGGCUAAGCCGAUAAGUAUUUUAUUAUAUACCAAUUGUGAAAGAAAACAAACAACGAAUAAAAAACUAGAAAUGUCCAUAUUUUUUUAUUCACCUGUGAAUAAAAGUAUUGCCCACCACUCCGAGCGGUUGCCAGGACGCUCUAGUGACUAGUCCAAUGAGAUGCAAGAAUACAUGAACUGUGACACUUGGUAUGUGAUAAAAACAUAUACUGUUUUCCUCGGUCCCAGUCAAUAAAAAGUGUUAAUUAUUAACCUGUUACUAAAAAUCCACGAGUCAGUAUCAUCAAUAUUAAAUGAUUUUAGACUAAUGAUGUAGAAUUCCAAAACGGUUCCGUGGCUGAUGUGGCGGCAGCCUGUAUUAGCAGCUCUUUGGCGCCGUUAAAUUAGCAGCUCUGUGGCGCUGUUAAUUUCGUGCAGGGGAUCUCUGAGCCUGCAGUAAAACCCAACUUUCGUUACUAAAGGCCGUUUCCCAUUAACGUUCUCUUUGCCCGCGCGAGCAAACUUUACUUUUGAGGGAGUUCAAUAUUAUUUUCUUCUACCAUUUCUUAAAUGUGGCCUGCUUUUGGCCAUUGGCAGGCCGCUAUUGUAAGCAGUGGUGCAAUAAUUUCUCAUUUGACGUGUUUUCAAUCUUCUUUUCCAGGCUCUAAUACGUACGAAGAAGCUGCAGCGUACAUUCAGCUACAAUUUGAAAACCUGAAUAAAAGAAAGGAUACUAAAGAAAUCUACACUCAUUUCACUUGUGCCACAGACACUAACAAUAUUCAGUUCGUGUUUGAUGCAGUCACGGAUGUUAUCAUCAAGAAUAACCUCAAGGACUGCGGACUCUUUUAAUCUUAAACUAGAGUUUAAUACACAGACACAGGUAAGGCCUUGUUUGCACGGAUUGCCUCUUUGCAACUUUUGAAAUAUCCCAUCUGGCUAGAGGAGAUCCUUUUCUUGCUGGAGUUUUGGGGCUAAGUUUUCCCUUUUUUAUUUUACGAAAAAGGUUCGACCCGGUCUUAAGUAAUGUUUUGCCGCAUUUUUCUUUUGCUUGGCUUUCUCUGCAUGAGCUUUCAUUUUGCAUUUUGCAUAUAUUAUUAGUCGCCAGUAUAAACUCAGUUCACUGUGACCAUGCCUAGCGCCUGCCUAACAGACGGUGUACCGGCGAGGUGCAACAAGGCGGUCUUUGUUAAUCUUCGAUCAGGAAUCGCGGUCACAAAUUGAGAGUUAAGGUGAGCUAGCUCAUAUUAACUGAACAUGCGUAGAGUGUACAUGCUGACGUGUACGGAAUAUUAAUGAGGAAAACUGCUAAAUUAUUUCGAGAUAUAAUCGGCAAAGUUUUGGAUUUUUUGGUAGAAUUUCGAGAUUACGAGAAGAUUAAAACCCCAGGAAAAAUAAUAUGUGACUAGAGUAAAAUUAAGAAGGUCAGCAUUAUUUCACCCAACCUCGUACCCAGGUUCUGUGUACGAGAUUUUAUUUCGCCACAAAUAAGCCGAAAUGAAGCAAAACAAAAUGCACGGGAAAGUUCUUGACUGAGCCCACAAUGUCAUGCAAUACACCCAGCGACAUGUCCAUUUUUCUGUGCAAUUUCCGGUCGUGGUGUUUCGCCUUCCAGGUAGACCUAAAGGCUAAUUUCCACUCAGGAAAAUUAUCCGUGGAUUGGAACGGACAAGAAAAUUUUUCUUUGUCUUGUGAGCUCUGGGUUGGAACUAAUGACUUUAACACAAAGAAAAUUUUUCUUGUCUGUUCCAAUCGGUAUCCACAGAUAAUUUUCCAUAAUCAACGCACUGACGAAGCAGAAAGACUUGGGGGGGGGGGGGAUGGAAGAGCGAUCGGUCGACGACUUGGAAGGCUUCGGAGUAUUUCAGAUUCGAUGCAGACAUGAAUUCAUUCAUAGAUUACGUUUUUUAAAACUCGCCAGCCUUAGAACAGAGGCUGAGAUGAAUCCGAGAAGCUCAACAAGAAGAUGAACUGUGUAAGAAAAUACGACAGUAUUGUCAAGAUAUUCAAUUCCAGAACGUGGUGAAAUAGCACUGGUAAAAGGAUCUAAAAAAACGACAAAGACAAGAUGCAAGCAAAUUAAAGCAAAGUCACCGGUUUCACUUUUACCUCGUUUAGUUCCAGGGUUCCAAAGUUCAGAUAACCACCCACCCAGAAGCAGUAGUUAUCUGGCAAGAAACCGAAGAUCCAUUAAAAGAAAGAGUCCAGCUGGUUCCUUUACAUCCGGACACGGAAUUUAGAGUGGUUACAGAAAAAAUCUUUACAAGCUAAAGCUUUCUUUUACAAACAGCCAGGUGGCAGAAAAAUUACAUCACAAAAUAAAACCUGCACACCAAGCACACCUUAAAAAAUCCGUGCAUGCAUGGCAGAAACUAGACUUGGAUCAAGUCGCUUGGACUCUAGAGAGACGGACUUGAUCCAAGUCUAGGAAGAAACUUGCCCACCGAUCCUGUUAAAAGAAACACCAUAGCCUGUGACAUCCAAGUUGAUUGGAUGUGAUCGGACAAAAACCUGCGAAAACCAGUCUUGGGUUUGGCUGUCUAAUUUUGACCUUGAUUUACAGGUGGUCACUCAGUUUCACUAAUAAAAUUUUCUUUUCUUAGAACUGAUAUACAACAUGAUAACUAACAGAGUAGACGAAUUGUUAUUUUAUGCCAAAAUCUAUUGGUGAUCAAUACAAUUUUAUGGAGUGCCUGGGCAAGAUAACAUUUGAAUGAAUGUUUUAUCUCAGGUGUCGUAUGAUUCAACUCGUCAGCGCAUACAUGAAAACAAUAGUAUAUAUAUAAACUGUACAAGUUAUAUAUUAUGUAGGUCCGUAGUAAUAGAUGAUUAAUGCGAAGUCAUCAGAUUUAUAUCAAUCAAGAUUAGUAUUAGAUAAAUCAGUUUUGGUGAUAUGAUAUUCUACUUUAUCAGCAUAUAUGUUAAUUCGUGAACCAAGGGCGCCGGAUAAAGCUCAGGGCAGUGAGGGCAGCUCUUAGGAGAAGGGAACUUUAUUCACACUAAUAUCAAUGUGGUAAUGGCAUUCCUGCCAAAGACCUAUUAAGUAGUCGCCAAUUGAACCACGAUGAUUGUAUUUACUGUACCGUGUUUCGUGGUAUGGUUUGUUUUAUCAAAGUCGUUUUAGAUGUGCAAUUCAUCUUGAUAAGAAGGGAACAAGCUUGCCCUGCGGGUUUUUCUACUAAAUGGCAAUGGGAAUAACUAACUGCCCACAAUGCCCUGUUAUUCCGGCGCCCCUGUCCUGAACCAUGAAAAACUACAUAUACGAACAAGUGGCUAGUCAUUGGUUGGACCAGUGAAGUGCAGUAUAUUUAAACUAGGCUUUUUCUGUUUUGGUAUUUUGAUAGGAACAAUGGGACUGAUGUCGGUUCGUGUGUUUAGAAAUUCGUAUGAUUUCUUUUAUUUAAUAAUUCGUACAUGAUACAAUUGGAUGUAAAAAGUAAAUAGAAUGAAAUAAACUUCCUGCGUAAAGUGC